GCCGCUUUUCCCGGUCAAGGAGUGCUCAGUAACCGCCGCUCAGAAAAUGGCUCAAAGGCCGCUCCGCCGGCCACGUACGAGAGUCCAGACGACCUCUUCUUCUCUCGGCGUCUUCGAACUUCCUGGUUUCCCCAAAAUACCCCUCUCUUAAACCCUCCGCCGCCGCCCUCUCUCCUCCGCCGUAGCCGCAGCCGCAGCCAUGCGCCGCUUCCUCCAAGCCCUCCGUCCGCUCCAAAACCUACCCCUCAACCCCGCUCCCGGUAUCCCCACCCCUCUCCGCAUCCUCUCCACCUCCUCGGCGGCCGCGUCCUCGGAGUCUGACUCUGCCCCCGCCGCGGCCCCGACCCCCGCUGCCGAUGCCGACUUCGACAGCUCCGACUACGCCCUCCCGACCCCGGGCCCCGCCCCCUCCCGAAAAAUCAACAACCCCGUCGCGGCGCUGAGGAAGCUCCGGUUCGACCCCUCCCUCCGCGCGCGCGCCGACGAGGCGCUUUUUGGUAAGGGACUUGGCGCGGCGGCCGUCGAGGAGCAGGAUGAGGAGCACUCGCGGGACGUGGCGCUCGCGCUGCUCGAUGCGGCGCUGGAGCCGCCCGACGAGGACGAAGAUGAUCUCGGGGAGGUCAAGGAAGAAGACCAGAUGUCGCUUUCCGUUGGCAUUGUCGGCGCGCCCAACGCCGGCAAGUCCUCGCUCACAAAUACCAUGGUUGGGACAAAAGUGGCUGCAGUUUCCCGCAAGACAAAUACUACGACUCACGAAAUUUUGGGGGUGCUAACAAAAGGGAACACACAGAUUUGCUUUUUUGACACCCCAGGGCUCAUGUUAGGGCACCAUGGAUUUCCUUAUAGGGAUGUCACAGUUCGUGUGGAGAGUGCCUGGAGCUCAAUUAACCUAUAUGAUUUACUAAUAGUCAUGUUCGAUGUCAAUAGGCAUCUUAAUUUGCCUGAUUCACGUGUUAUAAAGUUAAUCAAACGUUUUGGUACAGAGGUGAACCCAAACCAGCGGCGAAUAUUGUGCAUGAAUAAGGUUGACCUGGUGGAAGACAAGAAGGACCUCCUUAAAGUUGCAAAAGAAUUUGAAGAUCUUCCUGGAUAUGAAAGGUACUUCAUGGUAUCUGGGCUAAAAGGCAAGGGGGUGAAAGACCUUAUACAGUACUUGAUGGACCAGGCAGUAAGAAGACCUUGGGAUGAAGAACCAACUGUAAUGACUGAAGAGGUAAUGAAAACCAUAUCAUUGGAGGUUGUGCGGGAGAAGAUGCUGCAUCACAUCCACCAAGAAAUCCCCUAUGUAAUUGAGCAUCGUCUGAUGGGCUGGAAGGAGCUAAAAGAUGGUUCUCUUAGGGUGGAGCAGCACUUCAUUGCCCCAAAGCAAAGCCAACGUCAGAUUCUUGUUGGUAAAAAUGGCUCUAAGAUAGGGAGAAUCGGUAUUGAGGCCAAUGAAGAACUGAGGUCCAUAUUCAAGAGAGAUGUCCAUCUAAUCCUCCAAGUUAGAGUUGCGAAGAAGAGAAGUGCUUGAACAGAUUGUGAUUUUUUAGUGCCUGUAUAGACUGCUAGUGAUAUGGGAAGUGCAGUUCAGUGUUGGCACAAUGUAUUAACGAGAAUGGUUAGUAAGUGGUGCUUGGGUGCAUCAGUUCCGGGGACUGAGUUGAUAGAACUUUGGAUUGAGGAUCUAAUGGAGGCACUGAGCUGUACGGGUGUGUGGAGCCAAGAUUUCUGAAGAAAGGAUAUAUUGGCGGCAAUUCACAUGCCAGUAGUGACAAGGAAACGGCUUGCGGCAUGGUGAGCUGCCGCACCUCCUGGCGAAUCUUGUUUUUGUGAUACUUGAUAAUAUAGAUACGUCUAUGCUAGACCACUGACACCCUUUUUUACCUACUUUCUGAUUCGAAAAGUAGCCCUUCUCUUUCCAGGUCUCAGCCUGUAUUUUCUGUAGGUUAUUUAAACAGUGUUGUAAUAAUAAUCUGAUGUCCGGGCAUGCCCCGUCUUGAGGACGUCUAGAGGACGUUCUCGAAGGCAAAGUUUGCUGCUGAUCUUCCAGUGUUCUGAGCACUACAAAUUCCAGGAUGGAAUCUGGUGAUCUACCUUGUAAAGUGCACGAACGUUGUGCAAGGGAAAUCUAUCACUUGCGGCCCUUUUGUUGGGUUUGAUGAUUU